CGAAUUCAGGAAUAGUAAAACUACUUCUUGCAAUCGUGCAAAAAAUGCAAAAUUGUAGAUUUGCAGCGGCUGUGGGUGAUGUCGUGAACUCGUGAAGGAGUAUAAAAAACUAUAAGUAGAGAAACAAUAAAUAUGUGUUCAAUAUUUAUGCUUUAUAAUGAAUAUUGAUAUCUGUAACUUACAGCAUUGGAUAGAUACUUAAACAUAUAUUGUAUAAUCAUUUUAUUUACAAUAAAAUAUAAAUAAUUAGUUUAUUGCUAUUGCUGAUUUGACUGAACGCUACAUUAUACAUAGGAAAAAUAAAGUAAUUCUGUUGAGGUAGUACAUGAUCUAAUAUUUGAGAAUCAACUUAUUGUUAAAAGUCUUAAGCAAUUAAGAAAAUGAGGCGAUUUAUGCAUUUAAUUAAUGUAGUACCAUUGUUGAUAAAAGCCCAAAAACCAAUUGCAACUAGUUCCAAAUUGUUUCCUAAAGUGAAACAUCGACCCUUUUUUAUACCAACUCGUUCUAUGUUUAUACAAACUCAAGAUACUCCUAAUCCAAAUAGCGUUAAGUUUUUACCCGGUGUUCAGGUGUUAGAAAAAGGUCAUACAAUGGAUUUUCCUAAUGCUACAGCAGCAUACUGCAGUCCUUUAGCUAAGGUUUUGUUUCGUGUUGAAGGGGUAAAAAGUGUCUUUUUUGGUUCAGAUUAUAUUACUUUAACAAAAGCAGAUGAUGAUAUAGAAUGGAUGGUUCUUAAACCUGAAAUAUAUGCUACCAUUAUGGAUUUUUUUGCUAGUGGUUUACCUAUAUUAACUGAUGCAAAACCAACAAGUGAUACUCAAAUUCAUGAAAAUGAUAAUGAAACUGUAAUGAUGAUUAAAGAACUUCUGGAUAGCAGAAUUAGACCAACUGUACAAGAAGAUGGUGGUGAUAUUCUUUUUAUAGGAUAUGAUGCAGGAAUUGUCAAGUUGAAAUUACAAGGAUCUUGUACUAGUUGUCCAAGUUCAGUAGUUACUCUAAAAGGUGGAGUUCAAAACAUGCUUCAAUUUUAUAUACCUGAGGUGAUAGCUGUCGAACAAGUUGAAGAUGAAAUUGAAAUACGGACGAAAGUCGAAUUCGAAAAAUUUGAAAAGAAGUUGGAAGAAAAUGAUGAAAAAGGACAAUAAUAGUCAAGUUAAAUCUUAGAUAUUUAUUAAUAAACAUUUUCAGUGUUUCGUAUGGAUGUAAUCUAACAAGAACUAUAUUAUCAUAAUAUCUACUGUGCAGAGUGAUGUCCAUAAUAUAUUUUUUAACUAAUCAAUAAUUGGAUAGUUGUAUAUUUUUGGUAAAAUGUUCUGUUUGAAUAAUUUCAUAGUUGGUAAUAAUAAUUGUAGUAAAAUAAAUAAUUAAGACAAUAAAAUUAAGCACUAUAGAAACGUCGUGCUACUAAUA